AUGGAAGAAAACCCAUCGCCGGUUUCAUGUAAACAUUUGACCCACGAGGCAGCAAGAGCCAGACCCGCCGGAAAGAAGAGCCACCGGCAGUACCCAGUGGACGAUGACGCCGGAGAUCUGAUCAAGUGCUCCGGAGAGAGUUGCCAAACAUGCACCGCCGAGUUGAUCGCCGACUGCGUGGCUGUUUGUUGCUGUCCCUGCGCUGUUGUCAACUUUCUGGCGCUUGCGCUGGUCAAGUUUCCAUGGAUGAUGGGAAGGAGGUGUUUGGGACUCGGGAAAAAGAAAGGUCGGAGGCUGGAAAAGGAGAGAAAAUGUGAGAGAAGUUACAGUGACUGCGUAAUGGAAAGUGAUCAAAUUUCGAGAAAGGAGAGGGUGGUAGAUGAAUGGACAUUGGAAAAUUUAUCAUCUGGGUUUGGAAAUGAAGAACAAAAAGACAACUUCAGUGCGAGAUUUGAGGCAGAGAAGGUCUGGUUAGAGUUGUACCAGGUUGAUCAUUUGGGUUUUGGUAGACUUUCUUUCACUGGAAUUCCGUCCCAAGGUAAGGGCAAUUAG